AUGCAGAACCCGGAGGUGGAGAUCAAGGCUGAUCAGUCCCCACUGACACGGGCCGACCGGGAGGCCAACAGCAUCAUCUGCUCCGGCCUCACUCAGCUGGCGCCCCACAUUCCCAUUGUGUCUGAGGAGAACCAGAAGGUGGAGUACAGCACACGCAAGAACUACCAGUACUGCUGGUGCGUCGACCCCUUGGAUGGGACCAAGGAGUUCCUCAAACGCAAUGGCCAGUUCACCGUCAACAUCGCCCUGCUCCAGGGCGCCAAGCCGGUGCUGGGCGUGGUCCACGUGCCAGUCCAGGGCAAGGUGUACUGGGCCGUCGCCGGCAAGGGGGCCUGGGCGCGUGAGUCGCCGGCCUCGCCUCCCCGCCAGCUCCACUGUGCGACCUUCAGGGAGACAGACCCGGGCCUCGUGAUCGUGGGAUCUGCCAGCCAUGCCAGCCAGGAGACGGCGGAGUUUGUGGGCGAGUUCCGGGCGCCCCAGUUUCGCGCCGUCGGCUCCUCCCUGAAGCUGCUCAUGGUGGCGGAGGGCGCGGCGCACAUGUACCCCCGGCUGGCCCCGACGUGCGAGUGGGACACCGCGGCGGCCCAUGCCAUCGUUGAGGAGGCAGGGGGCCGGGUGCUGCAGGCCGGCAGAUGCGACUCCAGCGGCAAUGCCCUGGAGGGCUGGAGGGGAGCCCUAGAACAGGCGAUACCGCUGCAUUACAACAAGCCUGAAGCCCUGAAUCCAUUCUUCGUGGUGUACGGCAAGGAGCUGCCGAGCUGA